AUGUCCGGCGUGCCAAAAGGCGCGACCGCCGGGCACUCGUCCGCGUCCAGCGCCGCUGCACUGCACGUCAAGCAGCGCUCCCGCACCAGCAGCAACGACGCAGCCCGUCGCGUGUACGACAGCGACAGGUUUAAGCUCGUGCAGCGCCGUCGCGCCUCCACCAGUCCGAGCCACGCGCUGCCGUCCACUUUUAAGCCAAUCAGCGGUCAAGAAGCGAGUGCAGAAGGGGCGCACAGGGCCGACCCGGUGGUCGGUCGAGCCGCAGACACGGCGUCGAGGGAGCAGACUCAGAAGCCGACUCAGAACAAGUCGAAGAAGACAAAGAAAGAGGCGACGCCGCAGCCGGUCGUGCCGCUUCAGAUUGUCGAGACGUGGGCGAAUGCUCAAGAAGGAGACGUCGAGACGCGGACGUACGUGAAGGGCAAAUUUCUCGGCAAGGGAGGGUUUGCGCGCUGCUAUGAGCUGACGUGCAAGCGAACGGGGAAGAGUUAUGCGGCGAAAGUUGUGGCCAAGAGCUCGCUGUUGAAACUGAAGGCCAAGCAGAAAUUUACGUCGGAGAUCAAAAUCCACAAGUCGCUACAUCACCCGCAGAUUGUGCAGUUUGAACACUUCUUCGAAGACGCAGACAAUGCGUACAUUUUGCUCGAGUUGUGUCGCAAUCAGUCGAUGUCGGACUUGAUGCGGCGGAGGAAGCGACUAUCGGAGGGCGAAGUGCGGUUCUACAUGCGUCAGCUUGUGGAAGGGCUGGCGUACUUGCAUAAAGCGCUGGUGAUUCACCGCGACCUCAAGCUAGGUAACUUGUUUCUCACGUCCGACAUGCGUCUGAAGAUCGGCGACUUUGGGCUUGCAGCUCGACUUGAUGACCCUGACGACCGCAAGCGUACCAUGUGUGGCACGCCCAACUACAUUGCGCCCGAGAUAUUGAACGGACAGCGAGGCGACGGACACAGUUUUGAAGUAGACAUUUGGUCGACUGGUGUUGUCAUGUACACGAUGCUCGUGGGCAGACCCCCUUUCGAAACAGACGACGUCAAGGCUACUUACAAGCUGAUACGUGCCAAUCAGUACGACUUUCCGGAGACAGCGCAUGUAUCACGAUCAGCUCAAUCGCUUGUUCGCAGUAUUCUGCGCAAUGAUCCUGGUGCAAGACCAUCAUUGGAGCAGAUCAUGAAGCACCCGUUUUUGGCCGAUGAGUUCGUACCGGCUACGUUGCCUAGAACUGCACUGCUCGUGACACCGCCUUCGUGCAAACGUCAAUCGUUCGUCACCCGUCAUAGUGAUAGCGAACGUUUUGCAAGCUCAGCUGAAGGUGUGGCUCCAGCGCCGUCUGCUGCAUCAAAAAGGUGUCCACUUCAGACAAGAGAUGCCAAUGCUUACGCUCAGCGCGCUUCGGAUCCCGGGGCAUUACCCAACCUGUUGCAGUCGCUACCUCCUGCUUAUAAGCGUGACGGCACAAGAAGAGCAGCAGGGUUUUCAGGCUCGACUACAAGACAAGUGACAACAAGCGGCAGCACUACGGUUGUCCGAUCGCCGCACGAUAGGAUAGGGGAUACCCCGGUCUGUUCCCAAAACGCAUUGCAGGCGGCGUACAAGACAUUAUCUCGAUUGUUUUACCUGCAAGAGCACAGCCACAACCGAGACGACGGCGGUGCGAGGUUGAGUGAGUCGUCCCCUGCUGCCACAAUCGUUGCUGCAGCGCAGAGAUUGAAAAAGGUUCGCGCUGAGGCAGAUGCUAUCUGUCCGCUUGUUCCGGCCACAUUGUGGAUAUCACAAUGGGUAGACUACACGUCAAAGUAUGGUAUCGGCUACAUGCUUUCGAAUGGCGAAUCGGGUGUGUACUUCAAUGACUCUACGAAAAUGAUAUCAUCAGCAGACGGACGGGUCUUUGAGUACAUCGAACGUCAAAGCAGUCAUUAUCCAGGGGCAGACUCUCAAGUCCGCUACACAAUGGACAACUACGAUCCCGUGCUCAACAAGAAGGUGACGCUGUUAGGCCACUUCAAAGGCUAUUUGGUGGACGCCCGUGCGGAAAAUGACGAGGCAGAUGCCCUCGAAAGUCAGCUUGCCAGGUCCUUCGUGUUGUCGUCUCGCGGAGAAGGCACGGACACCGGGACACUCGAAAACUGUAGUGGCGACGGUAUGGUCGAACCGAUGGUGUAUGUGACGAAGUGGGUCAAGACUCGUCAUGCGGUGCUGUUCCAGCUGUCCAACCGAACACUGCAGUUUAAUUUCUUCGACAAGUCGAAGCUCAUGCUAUCCGCAAACGCUUGUGUUGCGACCUAUCUCAAUCGCGAUGGUGACCUGGCGGUGUUUCCAUCCGCAACAGCUGUCCUCACAUCCGAGCGGCCGGAUCUAGGCAAACGCUUACGUUAUGCCAAAGACAUGCUGCAGCAAAUGGUGCGUACGACGGAGUCCAAGUCAAAAGGUAGUGUGACUUGA